AGUUCGGCACCACGUGCCGCGAACGCACGCCGAAUCUCUCUCGAUUUUUAAAACGAGAGCGGAGCAGAGCAUCGUGAACGAUCGAGAGACUUAGAAAAGUUUAUAGUAAAAUUAUCGAAGAUCGUCGAACGAGGAAGGCUCCGUGAGGCGUGUGAAAAAUUUUUUUUUAGCUUUUGAAAUAAUUUUUGAUUUUAGUAGUUGCAAUAUAGUCGAAAUAAUUUUUUUUUCUUUCGUCCAAGUGACAAUCGUAGAAUUUUUUUAAAUACCUGCGAGACGAAUCUUCACAGCAUCCUUUCAAAUCGUCACGCCAAGACCUCUCGGAGACGUUCUGAUCGACUUGGUCCAAAUUCAAGUUCUUGAAUGACAAUUUGCAUGUGUCAAAUUGCAAAUCGAACCUUGUCGGUUUCAUCGUUCACUUUCUACGGUGCUAUCGUAUGUGGCUUUGUACAUGUAUUAUACAUGCUUAUAUACCGUUAAUCUACGAUUGACAACAAGACGUACCGAAGAUCAAUAAUCUGCUUCGCAAUUUCUGUGCCACUUCGCGUGGAUUAUUUGCCGUCAGCUACGACAGGAAAGUUUCCAUAGACGGGAGACACGUUGGGCCUGUUUGGUUGGAUUGAAGAGAGAAAAGUGAGAGAGAGGAAGAAUUACAGUGGAAAUAAGGAUAAGAGAGAUACGGAGUGGAGGAUAGUCGAUGGAGUCGAAGAUUUGAAUGAUCUGGCAGAUCGUUAAAAAAAUUUCGGCCAACUUUUUUUUCUUCAAUAAAUUCGAUGCAAUUAUUAAUCAAUCGUGGUGAGUGACCGAUAACAUUUGAUCGGUAAAAAGAAGAAAGGAAGCUGUGACCUCGGACGAUCUCUCGAGAGGAAAGAGAGAGUAAAGUUAUUAAAUAAAAAUAUCAGUGUCGACCGCGUGUUAAAGUUUUGUUCGAUUAAAAAAUCAUAUUCCGAAAGGAGCAAGUGGACCAUCAGGAUGCAUCUUAUCAACGUGUUUUCGUGCCUGCGCAGUCAGGAGGAGACUAAGCAGGCCAACGUGGUGGAUGAUAAAAAAAUAAGAGAGGUCGAAGGUCAGGAGUGUCCGGGAGAACGUGGAAGUCAGUGGUUACAAUUCGCAGCGGCUAUUAGCGCCUGUAUAGGAGUUAUGGCCUGCGGUGAGCACUUGGCAUGGACCUCGCCAUCCUUACCAUACCUCACCAGUUCAGAGUCGGAAUUUCCGGUGACGAAGGGUCAAGGUGCAUGGGUGGCCUCGCUGUACACUCUAGGCGGUAUCGUGGGUUCGAUACUGAGUCCUCUGUUCGUGGACAGACUCGGAAGGAAGUUCUCCCUGUUGGCUUUCGCCCUACCCCAGCUUGCAGGAUGGGGUCUGGUGAUAGUGGCAAAGAGCGUGAUGGUCCUCUACGUGGCAAGGUUCGUCGCCGGCAUAGGUCAUGGCGGUAUUUACAACGUAGCGGUGAUCUACCUGGGCGAGAUAGCGGACAAGAACAUCCGCGGGGCCCUGGGAACAUUUUUGAAGAUGUCCACCAACGUGGGGACGCUGUUCGUAACGACCGUAGGAGCGUACCUACCAUACUGGGAGCUUAACCUAGUUGCCAUGUCAGUGCCCUUGGCGUUCAUCGUGACUUUCGUCUUCAUGCCGGAAACUCCUUACUACUACCUGAUACGAGGUCGGGACGAGGACGCGGAGAGGAGUCUGAUGACCCUGAGACAGGUGAAGAAGCCUGAAUCCGUAAGGGCUGACAUCGCCGCCAUGAAGGAUGGGGUCGUGGAAGGUCAGAGGUCAGAAAGGAAUUCCCUGUUCGAGUUGGUCGCCACCAGGGGUAACCGUCGCGCCCUGGUAAUUCUUCUCGGGCUCAAGGCGACACAGCAAUUCUCAGGUCACAUGGCGAUCGUCGCCUACACCCAGGAGAUCUUCAGCCACAGUGGAUCAUCAUUGGCACCGGGUCAGGCUGUCGUCGUUCUGGGCGGGGCCCAACUGGUAGCUGGUCUCGUGGCAGCUGGUCUGGUCGAUCGAGCUGGUAGAAGACCCCUGAUGCUGAUAUCCGGUCUGACUGCUGCUCUUGCGCUGGCUGUCGAAGGACUCUUUUUCUUCCUGAAGUACCAACUCAAAGCUGACGUCUCAUCGAUCACCUGGCUUCCUAUUGCUUCUCUGAUUGCCUAUGAAGUCAUGGUCGCUCUUGGCAUUGGGACUCUGCCUUACGUCUUGCUGGGUGAACUCUUUCCGACUAAUGUCAAAGGACCGGCGGUCGCUUGUGGUAUUAUCGUUGGUUCCGUAUUCGCCUUUAUGGUUGGACUUGGUUAUCAAGCCGUAAAUUCUAUCGUUGGGAUACAUUCAACCUUUUGGAUAUUCGCUCUGUGCUGCGCGGCUGGUACCCUCUUUGUUUACUUCAUCACCCCUGAGACCAAGGGCAAGACUCUCGAGGAGAUACAGAAGGAGCUGAAUCCUCCGGAGAAGACGUUGCCCGGUCCUUGAAGAGACCGACGACCUUGCCUUAGGGGUCAGAGUCCAAUGCUCGGUAGAGGAAGUACAUAGAGCUGGGAUGCUGGAUGAACUCUGGAUCAUGAGUUUAGGAGGCUUGAGAACUGUUUUGCUUAUCAGGAAAAAUAAGAAUCUGUGAUACAUUUACGGGAAUGGGAGCUGCCUAUGUCUUUUUGACACCUUGUGAUCAGAGUAUGAGCUUCUUAAUAACAACGAUCACUAUGAUUAGAGCAAUUUUCGCGAUAGGCCUGUCAAGUCCAUGAUAACGAUUGAUCGGUCGAAGGUCAUGCACUAGUAUUAUCCUGUGCUCCCUGAUCUUUCUAAAUGAAAGUAAGAAGGAUAACAAACAAUGUGGAUCCUUUCCAUUCUACCGAAUCGUAGUAAUAUAUUUUUUUCCCCGUACCUCGCUCCACUCCGAUUUAUUUAUUAUAUUACAUUUUAAUGCGUAGAUUAAAUUAAAUAAAUUUUAUUUAAUAUUCAA